AUGGAUCACGGCGCGCUCACCGCUCCCCGGCUCAGGGUCGGGACCGGACGCGGCGUCGUCCGAUCGCGGUCGCUCACCGGCGCGCGCGCUUCACAACGUCUCGCGUCCGGCGCUCCUAUGAUGCUCACCCAUGCGUCGACGAAUCGGGCGUGCGCGUGGGUGCCGCAGCAGCCGUCGAGGUUGCGACUCGGCGCGCGUCGGUCGAGCGCGAUGGAGGGGCUGCGGCUCGCGUCGUGCGGCGCCUACGGAUGCGGUGGACGAAGGCUGCGCGGAUUGACCGUCCGGUCGCACUCCGGGCCCCACGGCCACUCGCACGACAACGCGGGCGGACGACCGAGCUUCACGAACGACGACGACGACGCCUCGCACGGCCACUCGCACGCUUCCUCCGGAUGCUGCGGCGCCCCGUACGGAUGCGGCGCGGACGCCGACGGCGGGGCGAUGUACAUGCAGGACCCCUCCGGGUCCUACGACGAGGAGGCGUUCAUCGCCGAGGCUGGCUUCUCCGGCGACUCGGGUGACGCCAUGCCGGAGACGCGGGGGCCGAAGGUUGCGACGAGAGCGGGGCCGAACGGCGUCGAACGCGCGUUGACGGCGUUCUACCGCGCCACCGGCGUGGGUUGGAUCGCGGAUAAGCUCAAGGGAAACGUCGCGGUGUGCGCGGUGUCCUGGUUCUUCCUCAUCGUCGGGGGCGUCGCGCACCUCUGUCGGCACAUGGGGAUGGAGACAUCCGUCACCGCCGCGUCCAUCGAGACGGCUGCUACCGUAGCCGUGUACGCGCUCGCGGGGACGUCGGAGUUUGUCGACGUCUCCUACGAACUCGCGGUGGGCAACGUGAACAUACACGUCCUCACCACGCUGGCGGUGGCGGGCACCGUGCUCCUCGGGUGCGCCAUCGAGGGCGCGAUGCUCUUGGUGCUCUUCGCUUCGGCGCACUUUGUGGAGACGAGGUUGACGGGACACGCGAGGGGCGAUUUGCGGAUGCUCUGGGCGACGGUGCCGGGGGAGGCGACGAUCGUGGAGCUGAGGGAGGACGGGUCCCCGGACGCGGACAGCGAGCGGCUCGUUCCGGCGAGGGACGUCGGAGUGGGCGCGAACGUGUUCGUCAGAGCCGGACAGCAGGUUCCCCUCGACGGGAUCGUCGUGCACGGCAGCGCGCUGGUGUCGAUUCAGCACAUCACCGGCGAGGCGCUGCCGGUGCUUAAACGCGUCGGCGACGAGGUGCCGGCGGGCGCCGUCAACUCCGACGGCGCCCUCGUCGUCGAGUCGAUUCGAUCUUCCGAGGAUUCCACCCCCGCGAGGAUCGCGCGGCUCACCGAAGCGGCGCAGAACCGCCGACCCGCGGUGUCGAGGCUGUUGGACAGCGUGGGCGACCGCUACUCCAAGGCUAUCCUCGCGGUGACGGCGCUGACGAUGGUGUGCGGGCCGCUCGUGUUCGGCUGGCCGUUUUUGGGGCGGGGCGGAGCCAUGUACCGCGCGUUCGCCUUUUUGUCCGCGGCGGCGCCCUGCGCGCUUCUCAUGGCCCCGCUGGUGUACGUGGCCGCCAUCGGAGCGUGCGCCAGACGCGGCGUGCUGGUUCGAGGCGGCGUCACCUUCGACGCCCUCGCCGAGUGCGGCACGGUGGCGUUGGACAAGACGGGGACCAUCACGAGCGGACGGAUGAAGUGCGUGUCCAUAAGACGCGUCUUUGGCGACUCUGACGGUGUGAACGGUUCGAGCGAGAGUCCCGGUUUGAACGGCGACGUUCGAAACGGGGGUUUGAACGGAGGAGGUUUAAACAGCGGUUUCGGGGGGCGCGUUCCCGCGUACGUGGGCGCGAUGAACGCCAAGGAGACGCCCGAAUCGGGCGUGGCUGUCGCGGAGAGAAGCGGAGAGGUCGGGGACUCGGAUCCAGCGUCAGCCUCGGCGAACACGACCGACUUUCGCUCUCUCUCCCCGCUCGAGUCUCCCGCCGCGUUGGCCAUCGCGGCGUCGCUGGAGCGGGGCGCGACGCACCCCAUCGCGCGCGCCGUCCUCGACACCGCGGCGGACCAGCCACCGGGGGCGCUUCCGGCGGUUGCGGUGAGCGAUUUUCGUGUCGUCGCGGGAUGCGGGGUGGAGGGCUUGGUGCGCGCGGCGACGACCGCGGGGGCGGAGGAUGGCGACGGGUCCCCGUCGUGCGGCCCCGCGCGGCUGGCGCGGUUCGGGAACCCCGACUGGGCGUGCGAGAUUUUGCGCGACGAGGGCAAGAGGCGGGCGAUGAGAGACGCGGCGGCGACUGGGGGAGACUCGUCCAACGCAGUCGCCGCUUUGGCGGUUCAAGAGGCGGCCGGGUUUGACGACUCUACUACUAAGGGUUCGAAUGUCGCGAACAAGAACGGCAAGAACGGGGACGAGAGCGCGAAUGGGGGCGAGGACGUGCCGUGUGACGUCCACGUAGACACCACGUGGCAGUCGGAGAACCUCGCGUGCGUCUUCCGAUUCGCCGACUCGCUCCACCCGAAGGCGGCGACGUCGGUGGCGUCGCUUCGAUCCGGUUCGUGGCGCAAGGGCGAGGGCAUGGACGUGUUGAUGCUCACUGGGGAUAACCCUGCGAGCGCCAACGCCAUAGCCGACGCCGUGGGGCUGCCGCGGUCGAACGUCAGCGCCGGCCUAACCCCGAACGAUAAGCUCCGCAUCGUCGAGGAGCGCCGCAAGAUGGCGGUGGCGGAUGGUUCCAAAAAACACAAGCGGGUCGUCAUGGUGGGCGACGGGAUCAACGACGCUCCCGCGCUGGCCGCCGCGGACGUCGGCGUUGCGGUGGCUUCUACCCCCUCCGAAGCCGCCGCCGCCGCCGCGGACGUCCUCCUGCUUCACGCCGACUCGGACGGCAUCUCGCAGCUCCCCGAGCUCUUCGACCUGGCGGCGAGGACCAAGUCCGUGCUGCGCCAGAACAUCACGCUCGCGUGCGCGUCCAUCGUCGGCGCGUCCCUUCCCGCGCUCGUCGGGGCGUUUCCCCUGUGGCUCGCCGUGCUGCUGCACGAGGGCUCGACGCUUCUCGUCGCCAUCAACAGCGUGCGGCUGCUCGGCACGUUUGGCCGGCAGCCGCUUAGGAAAAGUACCGUCGCGGCGUGUGCCGGCGUCUUUCUCGCGUGUUGCGCGGGUGGCGCGUGGCUGUAUCCCACGGUGCGGGCUGGGGUGGCGUCGUGGGCGACGAGCGCGGUGGCGACGCCCGCGUUCGUGGCGGCGUCCAUGGCGAUCAAGAGCGGCUACGCGGGCCUCCUGGCGGGAUGCCUUCACACGCUGACGGGCCCGGAUCACCUCGCGGCGCUCACGCCCCUCGCCGUCGGCCCGUCGCGGAUGCAAAACGCGAUGAUGGGCGCGCUGUGGGGCUUGGGCCACAACACGGGCCAGAUUCUCUUCGGCCUCAUCUUCGUGCUGCUCAGGGAUAAGCUGCCGUUCAACAUGGAGGUCAUCUCGCAGUGGGGACAGGGCAUCGUGGGGGCGACGCUGGUUAUCAUCGGCGUGAUGGGCUGGCUCGAGGGCCGAGCGCUGGCGGAGGGGCGCGGGCACUCGCACUCGCACUCGCACUCGCACGGCCUUCCCUUUGGCCUCGGCGACUUUGCCAAGCACACGCACUCGCACUCGCACUCGCACGACGAGAACGAUCCCACCGCGGCGAUCAGGUACGUGCACUCCCACGCCAACGGCGCGGUGGCGCAUUCGCACGACGAGGACGACGAGCAUUCGAUGCACGAGCACGGGGGUGAACACGGCCACUCUCACGCGCACGAGGAUGGCCACCACGGGAUGGGAACCAACAAGCGUUCGGUCGACGGCGACUGGGAGUCCGACGACGCCGUCGUGGGGUCGGGGGACACGGAGACGGCGCGGCGGGUGCGCGAGGAGGGCGGCGAGAAGAAGGGUUCGUUCCUCUCGUGGACGUACAUCACCGGAACGAUUCACGGGCUUCAGCCCGAUUCGUUGCUCCUGCUCCUCCCCGCCUUCGCGUUGCCGAGGCUGCAGGCCAUCGCGUUCCUCGGGACCUUCUUCGUCGGCACCGUCGUGGCGAUGGGAACGUACACCGCGUGCCUCGGCGCGGGGACGGCGGCGCUGCAGAAGAGCAACCCGAGGGCGGUGAGUGCGGUGAGCGUGAUAUCGUCCGGGGUGGCGGUGGCCAUCGGCGUGGCGUUCAUCCUCUCGGCAAUCUUCGGGUUUGAGAUUUUCUGA